UAAUCAGAGUUGAGGCCAAGAUAAUAAGAGAAGAGAAGAGAAGAUGGGAACAAAUUUCUCCAUGGCGUACAACACCACUUCGACCGUCGAUGGCUCGUUGAAGUCAUCUCGCAUUCUCGCAUUUCACUCCUCAGCCCGAUGGAAGGCUUACUUUGACGCCUGCAAAGCUUCCUCUAAGCUGCUGGUGAUCGAUUUCACAGCAUCAUGGUGUGGUCCAUGUAAAGCCAUAGAGCCAGCCGUCAUUGAAAUGGCUAACAAAUACACCGAUGUUGAUUUCGUCAAGCUCGAUGUUGAUGAGUUGAUGGAUGUGGCACAGGAAUAUGGAGUACAGGCGAUGCCAACGUUCAUUCUGAUCAAAGAAGGGAAGGAAGUGGACAAGGUUUUGGGUGCCAAGAAAGAAGAACUCGAGAAGAAGAUCCUCAAGCACCGCUCUUCUUCUCCCACCCACACUUUCGGUAGGAGUUGGGUUGGUUGGCAUACAUUGCAGCAGAGUUAUUCAGAAUUUCAGAGUCCGAGACUCGAGGCUCGAAAGCUCGAAAGCUCGAAAGCUCGAGGGAGAGAGAUGGGAACAAAAUUUUCCAAGGCGUGCAACACCACUUCGACCGUCGAUGGCUCGUCGAAUCCUUCUCGCGUUAUCGCAUUCCACUCUUCGGCCGAAUGGAAGGCUCACUUUGACGCCUGCAAAGUUUCUUCUAAGUUGCUGGUGAUUGAUUUCUCGGCAUCAUGGUGUGGUCCCUGCAAAUUCAUUGAACCAGUUUUCAUCCAGAUGGCCAACAAAUAUACCGACGUCGAGUUUGUCAAGAUCGAUGUCGAUGAGUUGAAGGAUGUGGCAAAGGAAUUUGGGGUGCAGGCGAUGCCAACCUUCAUUCUGAUGAAACAAGGGAAGGAAGUGGAUAAGGUUGUGGGUGCCGAUAAGGAUGAGCUCCAGAAGAAGAUCCUCAAGCACCGCCCUUCUGCUCCCACCUCCACUGUCUGAUCAUCUAUCUUAUGGUUCUUC